AUGGAUACGGACGGUCGACCCAAAUUCCAAGAAUUGCCCAUUCAACCCCGAGGAAUCUUUUGGGAAGAUGACUUCAUCUCGCCUGAGCACGAGCAGCGUCUUCUCUCGAUCUUUCGCAAUGAACUGGAAUGGGCUGAUCGUCCUGGUCGUCUCUCACUUCACUAUGGCUACUCUUUCGACUACAAAACGUUCGGGGUCGACCCCGAUAUCCCAUACAAGGAGUUCCCCGACUGGUUGAAGCCGCUCAUUCCCACGACCGAGUCGCGACCACCCGACCAGGUGUGUCUGCAGUACUAUCCACCCGGUGCCGGCAUCCCGCCGCACGUAGACGCGCAUGGCGCAUGGGACCAAUUGUACGCGCUGUCAAUGGGAGCACCGGCCAUCAUGCAAUUCCGGAAGGCCGAGGAGCGCGUCGACGUCGACCUGACUCCUCGGAGUAUGAUGCAAAUGGCGGGCGAUGCCAGACUCCAUUGGACUCACGGUAUCAAGAAGCGCAAAACCGACACGCUGUCAGAUGGGACGGUAAGGUCGCGCGCGGAUCGCUGGAGUAUCACGUAUCGAUGGGUUCGGGAAGGGGAGUGCGAAUGUGGAAACCUGGAGCUUUGUGACGUGGCUCAACGACGGAAUGGGACCGAGAAGGAAAAAAGGUCGUUAAAAGAACUGGAAGCUAAGGUAGCUGCCCAGGAUCCAGGAUCGUGA